AUGAAGCUUGCGUUACCACAGGUCUAUCUGGGGACCAUGACAUUUGGUUGGUCGUCACAGACUUCCAAGAUUGUCGAUGAUUCCAUUGCAUUGGAAAUGGUAAAUCGGUUCAUCACCUCCAACGAGCAGAUGGGCAUCAAUUCACAUCUAAUUGAUACCGCCAGAGUUUAUGCAGGAGGCAAUACGGAGCCAAUGGUUGGCCGUGCCAUUAGUGGAGCAAAAUCGGAGUCUGGAAAGAUUGUAUUGGGAACCAAGGCCCACCCCAGUGUCACUCCUGGUUUGUCACCUAAAGGUGUGCGAUCGCAGCUUGAAACGUCGUUGGAGGAGAUGAAAGUUCCGAGUGUAUGUGAAUACUACCUGCACCAACCAGACACCGAGAACUCGUUGCUGGAUAGCUUGAAGUGUGCAAAUGACUUGAUCAAGGAAGGGAAAAUAGAAAAGAUUGGUAUGAGCAACUACCACGCCACAGAAGUCGCCCGUGCCUUUCAGCUAUGUCAAGAGCACAACUUGACUCCACCCUCAGUUUAUCAAGGGUUGUACAACCCCUUGAAUCGACUCGUCGAAGAAGAAUUGUUACCGCUUCUGAAAGAAAACGGUUGCUCGUUUGUGGCGUACAAUCCAUUGGCAGCGGGAUUGCUUAGCGGGAAGCACAAGGGGACUACCGAUUUUGUGGCUGGUCGUUUCCUGAACAAUCAAAACUACAUUCCAAGAUUCUACACGGAAGCCAAUUUUCAAGCCGUUGAACUCAUUAAAGCGCAAUGUGAAAAAGAUAGUUUGUCAAUGGUGGAGGCAACCUACCGAUGGAUCCUCCGCCAUUCCGCUCUUGGUGAAAAGGAUGGACUAUUGAUUGGUGCAAGCUCCAUGGAACAGUUGGAUCAAAAUCUUCAAGCUUGCAAAGCAGCCUCCGAGUCAGACGAUCUAUCACCAGAACUACUUGGAGUCUUUGAUGAAUGCUGGGAAAUAACGGCGCCUGGAGCAUUUCCUUAUUGGCGCUCCUACUCUUCAGAUAUGCCAAAUCGCGAGGCUCUUGACCAAGGAGCGUCCUACAGUGCUGCCAAGACGAAGUGA